CCCACGCAAAACCCAUCCCCGGCUCUGAAUCGAUCCCUCGGCGACCUACAUUGCCGGCGGGAUCGAUCUGCGAGAUCGAGGUUUCUGUACCGUUUCCCGAUUCGAAGAGGGCAUCCUCAAAUCUCGUAUUAGGGAUUGGACGAUGGUGCUCUGGGUUUUCGGCUAUGGGUCUCUGGUUUGGAAUCCAGGAUUUGAAUUCGAUGAGAAGAUAAUAGGCUUCAUCAAGGACUACCGGCGUGUGUUUGAUCUAGCGUGCAUUGAUCACAGAGGCACACCAGAGUUUCCAGCAAGAACCUGCACACUAGAACCUGAAAAGGGAGCAAUUUGCUGGGGUGUUGCUUAUUGUGUUAGAGGAGGUGCAGAAAAGGAAAGAGCAGCAGUAAAGUAUUUGGAAAGAAGAGAAUGUGAAUACGACAAAAAAGUCUCUGUUGACUUUUACAGGGAAGGAGAGACCUCUGACCCAGCUGCAACAGGAGUUAUAGUAUUUACAUCAACAAUGGAUAAAGAAGCCAAUAAAUAUUAUUUGGGUCCAGCUCCUUUCGAUGAAAUAGCUAGACAAAUUGCUACAGCCAGUGGCCCCUGUGGGAACAAUAGGGAAUAUCUCUUUUUGUUGGAAAAAGCAAUGUCUGAUAUAGGUCACGAAGAUGGUUUUGUGAUCGAGCUUGCAAAUAAGGUGAGGAAGGUGCUUGGUGGUUUGAAACAGAAGGCAUCUGUGGUCCAUAUACCUCUGCAGCUCCAAGCAUCAUUUCUGCAUAUCAAAUCACUUCCAGAAGCCAGUGUUGGUGUUGACUCCUGACUUCAAAUCUGGAACAAGCAGAAAUAUAGUUCGUGCAUACAAGAAAAAAAAUACACAAGCAAAUAAACUUCUGCUUCUGUGUCCACAGGCAGAAGACCAUUAAAACAUUCAACUAGCAUAUACAGCUCAUGUAAUACCACUGAUUGGGAACCUGUAGGAGGGUUCCCUAUAUCAGAUGAAUGGGUGAGAGACUGAUGCAAUCCAUUGGUCGAGUAGUCCUCUUCAUUCUCAAGAAAGGAUAAAACAGUAUCUUUACUUGCUUUUUACCAGUGUUCUAUAGAAUGAUUGCAACGGUAGUUAUCCAAUAAGAAUAGUCUAU